UUCCUAAAGUUUUAACCCUGUCAUAUGGUUUUCUUUUUUCUUUUUUAAAACUCUCCACUCUACACCACUCCUACCAAUAUUUUAGGGCCAUGAGGCGAAGACCGAGGCCGUGUGGUGACAUUUUCCUUAUCUGAACAACGCCAUCGCCCGUGCCUUCACCUUCAAAGCUUGCUUGCUGGACCCACUCACACAGUGUGAGCAUGGACGAAUUCAUGCUCUGAACACUAGUGUUGGGUUAUUUCGGAUGAGUGAGAAACUCUGCUUCGAUACGGGAAAACGUGCUGAUGCACGGGACUGAUGUCGUUCGCGUUGUGUGAGAAACUCCGAGACCAGUUUGCAGCGAUGGCGAUACUGCAGUCUCUUCUCCUCUCGAAGAACUCUCGUAUGAUCACUUGCAGUGUCCGUGCGCAUUCACUGAGGAGCUUUCAGGGAUCGAAACACGCGCUUGUUCUCAACAAUUCUUCUCAAUUUGUCCUUCGUAAUCAAGCCCGACUUUCCCUGUCCAAUGAUGUCUCCUGCUCCGCAUCGACUUCGUCCUCUGAACCUUUGGACGUUAUUCCAAUGCGCUCGGAGCAAUUAGUGCUGUAUAGACGCGCUGGGUGUGUGUUGGGAUUAGGGGCAGUUGCAGGGACAAUGCUGGCGUUCCCGGAGCACGCUCAUGCUGCGGAGAUUGCAUUGAAUCCGGAUGCGUGGUCUUCGAUCCUGGCUUCGGAGCCCAAGAAUGCCUUGUCACUGCCCACUUGGGUCAUACAUGUGGCGAGCGUAGCGGAAUGGAUUACGGCAAUGGCGUUGGUCUGGCGUUACGGUGACACUCCUGGCAACUCUACUUGGAAAGGCCUUUCAUGGGGAAUGGUUCCUUUAUUAGGCGGAGCCAUGUGCGCAUGCACUUGGCACUUCUUCUAUAAUGCUCAGUCUUUGGAGAUUCUGGUGGUUCUACAAGCUGCACUCACUGUACUAGGAAAUUUUACGAUGUGGGCUGCUGCAUAUCGGAUCUAUUGUUCUUCCAAGGAGCAAUCGAAGUCGCCUUAGGUUGGACCUUCGUUUUGGAAGGGCAUAUAGGUGUCUUGAAUGUUUAGUUGCUUUGCAACCAGGACUAGUGGUGCCUCAGGAGUAAUUUCGAUUGGCGAAUGGUCUUAUACCAGUUCCCUGAAUGUGGCCUCCAUGUAAUAUAUUAUACCCAACAUGGCAGAUGUGAAUUUUAGUCUCGGCUCAUUUAAUCCUCAUCUGCAGAUGGGUAUUUUCACUUUUGCAUCUACA